AAUAUUAAUCAAGCAAAUCAAAUUGGCUAUGCUCAGCAUGCUAAACAUAAACAAUGGCGUCAGCCCAGCCGGAGGUGAUUUACAAGGGCUGGCUGAAGAAAUCUACUGAACCAGAGUCAAAUGCCAAGAAGAAGAAUUUCCUGAAUCGCUCGUCGUCGAGUUGGAAGAAACGUUACGUUGUCUUACUUAAAGAAACAGAAGAUAAUCAGGAUGUUGCUGUGUUGGCCGUCUUUGACAAGGAUGUGGCAUGCAACUUUAAUAAACCUCGAGCAAGCCUCAGGUUAUCGCCGUGGUACAGGGUAGAUAAGAAGUACGACCCGACGGGCAAGCAGCACAUCUUUGAGGUCAGGACUUCCAGGUCAACAUGGCGGUUCUUAGCGGACAGCCAGACCGUCAUGGAUCUCUGGGUCUUCUACCUGCAGAUACAGGCCAAUCUAAGAACAGAUUUCCCAGGAAGGUGUUUUGAAGUAUCUCCCGAUGAUUCUGAGUCGAUGAGACGGAUUGGCGCGAGGGCUUCCCAGUGCCUGCUUCAUCUCUCAAAGUGGGGUCUCACACUCGCUCUCAAGCGUACCAGGUCCCUGGUGGCCCAGUGGCCGCUGAAGUGCAUCCGCGAGUUUGAGAGCUCUGAGACCGGCCGCUUCUCCUUCAAGGCUGGACGAAACUCACCAAUGGGGGCGGCUGACUAUGUCUUUGCCACAGUGCUAGGUCAGGACGGUGAGAUAUACGACCUCCUGGAUGCCUAUACAACAGAAGACCUUAGUAGUCAGCCGGAGAACCAGUCAGGUCCUGCAUCAGCCGAAGUAGUUAACCAAGACUAUGAGAGGCUGAGAUUAGCAACCUUUGGUCUCCUUCCGCGGAGGGGCUCAGAAGGUCGACCGAUCUCCCCUAACCACACCCAGCACAGCCAGGCCGUCCCUGUCCCUGGACGACCCAAGAACUAUGAUCGGCUGGACCGAUCAAGAGAUGGUUCCAACAAAAGACUUGACAGGACCAAGAGUGACAAAGUGAAGAGAACUCAGGCGGCGCCACCGGUACCAUCUCGUACCCCGUCCUUACCCCCGAAGACAUCCCGCCCUCCCAGCGCAUCCUCGUCUCUUGCCAUGGAACCAGAAUACAACCUCCCGUAUGCAGACAUGGGAGGAAGAUCAGUGGAGGAUGAGAACCUGCCGUACACCGAGAUGGGUUCUGCAUCAGUCAACACACUCACCAGACAAGGGUUGGGUCGUGACAGCAAGGACCGGAUGACCUGGGAUGUACCCAUUCCCCGAACUCUGACGAAUAGCACCGCGGCCAGUGACAGAUCGAGUUACCAGUUAAUGGAUUUCACACCCCAGUCGUACCGUAACACGCUCACACAGAGCUAUGAGAACACCCCCCUCAUCAGUCCCAGUCCAAGGGCGAGAGGGAUGUCCAAUGGAGGGUUUGUGAAUUCCCCGAUGCAAAGGGCGAUGACGGAGUUGACGAUACAGGAUCACGAGUAUCACAUGGUGGAGUCGACUCGAGGUGCUGCAGGAGGGGAUGGAUCAGAUCCUCCAAGCCCUCUGGUACACACCUACUUUGAAGGGGAGUUCACAGGAAGCAAGGGCUCCUCUGGAGAGAGGGAGCACCAUUAUCAAGGAGUGGAUUACGAGGGUGUCGGUCCGGAGGGUUCCCUGUCGCGCUCUUUCUCCCUCGGUAACCUUCGUAGCCCAACAUCGAUCACAGACUCUUACAUCGACAGAUCACCAAACCUUGGGUCUCUGGACCUCGCCUUUUCUUUCUCACCUGCAAACAUGCCAAACUGGAUGAACGAAAGACAGUUACCAUCUCUACCUCGCGAUGAAGUUCCACCAACUGAAGAGAACCCAUACGUUGUGUCCCCCAAGAAGGGUAGGUAUGCCUACGAAGACGUGAACAAUAUCUUCCCACCCACUCCUGCGCAGGGUGCCCAACAAACGGAAUAUGAAUCUGUCAGUAAUACAUCGGCAGAAGAAAUCAAUGUACAAAAUCAUGUCAUGCGGCAAAGCACGUUUUCAGAGGGAUAUGUAGACUCUAAUCUUGUUCGAUCACAGACAGACAGUUUUCAACCCAAUACUGCAAGGAUAGUCACACAAGAAUCUGCCAAUGUGGCACACUCGGCCAUCGUUGAACCGGGCGUGAUGUACGCACAGGUUGUAGCAUCGGUUCCAGCUCCAGAAGCGGAACCAAAGGAGAAACGGAAAUCAUUCAAAGCCAGGACACUAGAGCGAGUCAAGAUGAAAAAAGCAAAAUCCCUUGUGGACCUUUCCGUAACCCCAAAAUCUCCUGAGCGAAGAUCAGUGGCACUCGAAGACAUGGACAAUACAAAGGUAACUAAUAGUCUAGGGCGUCCAAAGAAGAUGAAGAAAUCUAAAUCGAAUCCAAACCUGCUGUCGGAGCAACCCUCUUCAACUCCUGAGGUCGCACAACAUUUCAUCUCGCCAAAGAAAGGUGCAGACAUCAAACAGUCCCCUGUGACAGGGGUACGCAGGAAGUUUGGUUUGGGACUGAAGAUGAUGAGGCAGAAGAGUCGGAGCCAGGAUGAGGAAGGUGGCGGGGAGAGUCCAGGAAAACCCAAAGUUUUGCCAAGUUUUGCCAAAAUAGACGUCAAAGGCAUCUCUACAACGGACAAGACAAAGUCCUACUCCAGAAGAUCACAAGGUCAGCUGAGCGAUCUACCGCUCGAUGGUGCCGUCGAUGCGAAGAUCAAACAGGCAAAGGAGAAAGGAGGGGCAGCGGGAAAGAGACAGCGAACAGUGUCGGCAGGAUCUGCCAUGUCUGUUCAGUCUAUGUUGAACGAGCAAUCAAACUCUACUGGUAUGAUCACCAACCCCCUUGCGUUGGGUUCCCAGUCCCCUGGCGAGUCUUCGGAAGGACCGGAGCUGGAUGAGCAGGGUUACCUCUCGCCGUCGGAGAUAGGCUCUCCUGUCAAGAUGAUCGCGGAUCCUCUGAGUGAUAGACCGCUCCCAGAGCGCCCUCUUCCCAGCCCUCCGUCACAUUCCCAGAGUGCACCACUCUCAAAAGUCAGGGACGCCAAGAUCACACAGGUUUGGGAGCUUUGAUAUUAAGAUCUCAAUUUAAUCAACGUUUAUUACAUUUUCUGCCGUCUAAUCGUGUAGGAAUGCUUAGUGCUCAAUUUAACGGUCCAAUAUAAGCAGUACCAUUUGAUGUACAAUUUGAAUAUGUGAAAUCUUCCUAAUUAUGGUCCCUUAUGCGUCAGUCACACCUUUGUGUAUUUGACUUGCGUAUUGCUGCGUAUUUAUGACGAGCCGUUUUAACAUUUAUUCCUAUUUCUUGAUAUCAAGAAAUGAUUUUCUGUUGUAAAUCAAUGGUAAUUCUUGAUAUAAAAAAAUGCUUUUGCAUAAUGAAUAGAUUGGUAAACCAAAACAAUAUUUCUAACUGGUGUUUCUAAUCGGAAAAAAGGAUAUACGUGUAUGAUGAAGGCCACUACAGCUUUGCAAUUUGUGAUAUAUGACAUAUUGAUAACAUAGAGACCAACAUGUUACAGAUACUUAUCAUAUUUUCUAGUAUCUCACCUCCACACAAACAGGGUACUCUUUUCUGCAUAAAAACAUACAAAUUAUGUCAGAAGUAAAGAUGUUGAUUUCUAUCAAAAUAUCAAACUUUAAAAGGUUUUAUUUAAUCCUAUCAGUUGAAGUUAUAUUAUUGUUCUUCCAUUUGUGUGAAUGUGUGAGGCUGAUUUUAGUAUGAUAUAUGUUUGCCUCAUAAUUUCAUAUUGUGGUCAUUAUAGUUUUCACUGCUUAAGAUCAAACUGCCAGAUCAUGUGCAAAAAAUAUAAGCAAUAUUGAUUUAUUUGAAGAGAGAUAUGCAUGUACUUACUGAAUUUCACUGCGUUGAAGUAUUCAGGCAGAGUUUUAUCGUAGCAUUCAGUUAACAUGGUGUCACAUAUUACAAUAGUGCAUCAAGGCCCCGUCUUAUAAAGAGUUGAGGAGGCGGGAUAGCUCAGUCGGUAUAGCAGUGGUCUCGUAAUCCGGCGACCCGGGUUUGACACCAUGGCGAUGCGCUCGUGCCCUUUGGUAAGGCAUUAAUCCUCUUUACCAGGUCUCUCGGAGAGCACCA